UCUCCGCUCGACGCAUCUUGAACCCUCGCGACACGCGGCAACUGGAAGCGGGCAAGCGCGACGCACGAAGCGAUCCCACAGCUCGGCUCCUCCUCACCGUCUCCGCCGAUUUGCCAGCGCUACCCCCGCUCCGCUCCUCGCCGGAUUCGAGCGGAGGCAAUUCACGUUUUUGUACAUCGGGUGGGGAGCGGAAAAAACCUGCUCCCGCCGACUCUCUUCGGCUUCCGCCCCUUCUCAGCCGCGUCGCCCGAGCACCCGCACCCCCCGCCGACAGCCCAUCUCCGCCCGGCCGCUCGCCCUCGCCCACCUGCACGCCGGCGCUCAUCCCCACCCCGGCGCUCGCCCUCGUCCGCCCGCCAGUCGCGCGACACCGCCCGGCCUCGCCCGCCCGCCGUCCGCCGGACGCCGCUCGCCCUCGUCCGCGGCGGAGAUGGAGAUGGAGGCGGCGGCGGCCUCCGACGAAACCCUAGCUGCCGUCUUCGCCCAGCUCAAGCCCCACACCGUUGCUCUCCUCGACCUCCUCCGCAGCCGCCGCGCCUCCUCCAGCUCCGCCUCCUUCCUCCGCGAAAUGGCCGCCUUCCUCCGCUCCGCCCCCGCCCCCGCACUGCAGCUCUGCUUCGAUUAUACAGUGUUUCCACUGCUGCUGCUCCUGGAUGCGGCGGUGCAGUGCAGGAAGCAAGGCAAUGCACCGGAGCAGAGUGCUGGGGACAUUGUCAUCACUGAUGCGGUCGCUGAAGCUGGCCUGGCCUGCCUUGAAGUGCUCCUCACCAAGUGCCGCCUCACCUCGGUCAAUCAGAUGGUCGCGAUGAUGAAAAAGUUGACUUCUGGGGCUAUGCUUUCACCUUUGGAGGCUUCAGAGGAAUUCCGCAGUGGAAUCAUAAGAUGUUUCAGAGCCAUGGUCUUGCAGUUACAACCAUGCUCUGAGUGGUCUUGUUCUUGCAAUCAAGCAACAGUGUUGCCUACGACCUCAACCAAUACAUACUUCAGUCUCAAAAGCUCAAAGCUCCAUGCACAUCCAGAGGAGUGCCUGCUUGCAUUCCUUCAGUCUCAAAAUGCUUCAGCUGCCGUGGGACACUGGCUCUCACUUCUUCUACAGGCAUCAGAACUUGAGGCGUCAAGAGGGCACCAUGGAAGUGCAGAUGUUAGAAAGGAAGCAUUGCACGCUCUCCGCAUUCUUAUUGCCAAGGUAGGUUCUGCUGAUGCACUUGCCUUUUUCCUUCCUGGAAUUGUCAGUCGCCUUGGAAAGGUUCUCUACACAUCGAAGACUAUGAUUAGCGGUGCUGCUGGGAGUUCUUUGAGCAUUGAGCAAGCCAUUCUUGGAUUGACUGAGGCUUUGAUGAUAGUCUUAAAUGACAAGGAAAAUUUUAGUGCACAUGAUAUGGCUAUAAAGGAGGAUUGGGCCCAUUCUUCUGGUGGCGGCGGUUCAACUGAGCAUGUAUUGCAGAUGCUUCGCCAAUUACCAACGAAAAGUCUAUCCGAACAGAUAGGCCAUGAUGAAACUACAGAUGACUCUACCUUUGAUGUCAAUUCCUCUGCUGAUAGAAAGGCACUGCAUGUGAAGCGAACCAAAAAAUGGCUUGAGGAAACAACUAGUAAUGUUGAUAAGUUGCUUUCUGCCACAUUCCCACAUCUUUCGAUUCAUUCAUCCGAGAAGGUGAGGAGGUCAGUGGUUAGUGGUGUAAGGGGGCUUUUGUCUUGCUGUGGCUCUACAUUAAAGAGAAGCAAGAUGCUACUUGUGGAAAGCUUAUGUGUUCUUGCAUGUGAUGAUGCUGCAGCUGUGUCUGAGGCUGCAGAAGAUGCUCUCCUUUAUCUUUUCAACCAGGGUCACAAUUUUAUUACAGAAAAUGAGAUUUCUGAUAUUUUUACCAGGCUAGUUGAAAGGUUGCCACAAGUCGUAUUUGGAAGUGAGGAGACAACUGCUCUGUCGCAUGCUAGGAGGCUUCUGGCUCUGACAUUUUAUGCAGGUCCUCAGUUUCUGAUAAAUCAUCUUCACCGUUCUCCUGUUACUGCUGCUCGUUUCUUUGAUUGUUUGGGUUUAUGCAUAAGUCAUAGCUCACAGUUUUCUGGUUCCAUGGACAAGUUAAUUGUAUCAAAGCCACUGUCUGUUGGGUAUCUCUAUUCAGUUGCUGAGUUGAAGAGCAGUGCCUAUUCUAAAGAUGCGACUAAUAGUUCUCUGCAUGCCACAUAUACAUCUGCAGCCUCCAAAAUAUCUGUUAUCCAUGAUAAUGGUUUGUCAAAUGCCGUACUUGGUACAGUUGAAUAUGAUUUGCCCCAUGUGCCUCCAUGGUUUGUUCAUGCUGGCAGUCAGAAACUUUACUUGGUUCUUGCUGGAAUAAUUAGACUUGUUGGUCUGUCAACAGUGUCAGGGAAUGAAACUGCUGCAUCCUUAUCUCUUUUUGUUGAUAUUCUACUCGAUCACUUCAGGAGGUUGAGCACUGAGCUGCGAUCCAAAAAUAUUUACAGAGAUGGUGUGGAUAGGUGGUACAUGAAAAGUGAAGCUGGACAUACACUACGCCAGGCAAGUUCAGCUGUUUGCAUGCUCAAUGAGCUCAUAUAUGGUCUGUCAGAUAGAUCCCUUGGUAUGUUUUUACAACUGCUCCAGAAGAGAUCAGCACAAUUGAUAAGGACAGCUCGUCAGAAUGAUCAAUUGACUGCUUGUGUUGAACAUAAUGAAAGAAAAGUCUGGGGAUUUAAUGAACAAAAGGAUACUAAAGACAAUAUUAUUCAUUGCAUUGGCAGUAUUCUGCAUGAAUAUGUAUCUCCAGAAGUGUGGGAUCUUCCAACCGAGAAGGAUGUUGAGCUAUCCCUAACAGAGUUGAACUUGCCAUUGCACUUCUACCGUGAUACCACUGCAUUGCACACGGUGACGCUUGAAGGAAUUGGAAUCUUGGGUGCUGUUCUUGGUCAAGAUUUUGCACGUAGUGGGUUUAUGCACUCUUCCCUUUAUCUUCUGCUCCGUGAACUUAUCAGCUCAAGUGCUCAGAUAAGAAUGGCAUCAGAUGCUGUCUUAAGAGCACUUGCUGCUGCUGGCGGUCAUUGUUCGGUUGGCCAAUUUGUUGUCGCGAAUGCAGAUUACAUUGUUGACUCCCUUUGUAGACAGCUGCGUCACUUGGACAUGAAUCCUCAUGUCCCUGAUGUUCUUGCUUCCAUGCUGUGUUACAUCGGUGCUUCUCGUGAUAUUUUACCAUUCUUGGAAGAACCGAUGCGAGCAGUUUCUUCUGAGCUGGAGGUACUUGGCAGGCAUGACCACCCACAUCUAACUGUUCCAUUUCUGAAGGCAGUUUCUGAGAUUGCCAAGGCAUGCAGACAUGAGUCUACUAAUCUGCCAGAUGACGUACAAUCAUUUUAUGUGAAGGUUAGUACAGAAGGGCAAGAAGUCAAAAAUAUGAUCGAGAAGAGAAUGGAAUCCCGUGCAACUUCUGAAAGAAUGAAUGUUGAUGCUCAAUCUGAUUUUAUGAGCUUGGAAUAUUGGGAGGAUUUACUUUGUAAGUUGAAUGAAAUGAAAAGAUAUAGGAGAAUAGUUGGAUCACUUACAGGCUCUUGCUUGUCAGCUGCCACCCCACUUCUCUCUUCAACUAAGGAAACAGCUUGUCUCGUGGCCCUUGAUGUUGUGGAGAAUGCUAUUAUAUCUAUCGCGAAGGUCGAAGAGGCUUACAAGUGUGAAAAUCGAAGCAAAGGAGUUAUUGAGGAGGCUAUGCAGUUUCUGUCAUUUGAUGAACUUGAUGGUACAGAUGCCACCGAAGAUGUUGAUGAGAAUCGAUUACUCCCAGCUAUGAACAAGCUAUGGCCUUACUUGAUUAUCUGUCUAAGGAACAAGGUCUCAGUGCCAGUUGUUAGAAAGUGCACCGAAGCAUUGAGUAGAGCGACUGGUAUAUCUGGUGGUGAUUUUUAUGUACGCCGGUUUCAUAAGGAUGGACAUAUUGUUUGGAGGUUGCUGGCAUUAUCUCCAUUCCGACGAAAAAGAAUGUCAAUGAUGGAUGAAAAAGCAAUCAUUUUACCAUAUAGGGAUACCUCGCUUACAUCAGAGGAACCCAUGUCUGAGAUCUCCAGUCAAAAAAUUCAGAUUGCAGUCCUGGACAUGAUUGCUGCAAUAUCUUCCAACAAGAGAAGUGCUAUUGCAUUGGAAAGUGAACUAAAGAAGGUUUGUGGUCUUGUUGUAGGUAUUGCCUACAGUAGUUUGACAGGUUUGCAGGAAGCUGCGAUAAGGGCAUUGGCAGGCCUUGCCUGUAUGGAUGCUGACCUUGUCUGGCUUCUCUUGGCGGAUGUUUAUUACUCACUAAACCAAAGGGAUAUACCUUUACCGCCUAACCAAGAUGUGCCAGAGCUAUCAGAUCUUUUGCCUCCAUCAAUGUCUUCGAGAGAAUACCUAUUUGUACAGUACGGAGGCGAGGGUGUGAGAUGUGAUGUAGAUCCACCAUCUGUUCAUGAGGUGUUCAAAAGGAUGCAGGAUGUGGUCCUAAUGUGAAAAUCAGGUUUCUGAUCCUCCCUUUGUAUAUAACCUUGCCGAGGGGAUUUUGUAUCACUGCUGGCAGUCCGCCUGUGUCGCAUUUUACGACCACUGGAAAAUGGAAUGUUGAUGAUGAUGAACUGAAGCAGGGAACAUCUUUGUGAUGUCACUAUUGGAUAGGUGUUUGGCAUUAUGCUCUGUCGCUGGAAUCAGUGAAGAAUGCAAUCUGUUUCUAUCAACCAAUCGCACUGACAUGUGUGUAACUCAUGGACACUGUUCUCAACAGUUUUGUGAGCAAGGAGCAGCAACUCCUUGGAGGGAUCAUCCUACAAAUUACGACACAAGGGAAAGAACGGGAUAAUGUUCUGAUUGGGAUACUUGUGUAAAUAUAUCAAGCAAACUGUAUCUCAUGAUGGAGUUUAGUCGUGUAAAGAGGAAGUUAAAUGAUGUGUAUAAACCAUCUCCGAGUUGGUUCUUUCCUUUUUUGAAGCAUUUUUUUUCUGGGUCUGGGAUAAUUAUGUAUGAGAUGUCCGUCAAAAUCCAUCGUGAAAUAUCUUGCUAGUCGCUAAAACAAAAGCUGAAA